AGGAACUGCGCUUCAAGGAAUCAUCCAGAGCAGAAAUAAUGAGUGACGACGAGAGGACCGCCUUUUCCGACCGCGGGCAACGGGCAUUCGGUGGUAUCGCCGCCGGCUACCCUCCGCACGCCGCCGGCUACACUCCGACGGCCGCCGCCUACCCUCCGAGGGUGGCGUUUGGGUAUCCGCAGCGCAGUUUUUAUCGGGGACUUCCGAUUACGCCCCAGCCUUUGUUUGGAGGAUUUCCGGUGCAGCUGCAGCCGCGUUACUACGGAAACAGCUACCUACCUGUUCGAGGUAUGGUGAUUGUUGAUGGUCGACCGUUGACGGCACCACAUCUUCCCUGUUGUGGUCUUGGCGUCGGCUGGUUCCUGUUUAUUAUCGGCUUCUUGUUGCCGGCGAUUCCUUGGUACAUUGCAGCAUUGAUUCUAAUAUUCUCGAGAGUUCAUCCUCGUGAGAAACAGGGAUACCUUGCUUGUGCAAUUGCCGCUGUUCUCGCAACAUUUGCAAUCAUCUUGUGUCUGUCAAGGUUGCGCUGAUCCUUCGCCGGCGCAAGAUUUACUCUGUUUUUUUUUUUUUUGCCAUUCGGGAAUUAGUGCGACAACAAUAAUAUGAAGCAGUUUCUGCAGUGUUUUUAGCAUUGUUUGAGGUUAGAAAUCGAUGGAGUGGUUGUAAGAGCUGCAGCAUCAUCGACCAUAUUGUUUUCCCCGGAAAACUGAAGAGACAAGACAUCGGGACUGACCGGCGACGGGUUCGCGGGAGAACUGGAACAUUGGUUUCUGG